AUGGACUUACAAGUUCUUCAUGUCACUCAUCUGAGUCUUUUGGGGAACCGCCUAAGCGGUCCCAUACCUGAAGAAAUAGGUGAUAUUUCUACCCUUGAGGAGCUGAUAUUGGAAGACAAUUUGCUUAGUGGACCACUUCCUCGAAACCUCGGGCRCUUGCCUCGAUUGMGAAGAUUCCUUGUUUCUGCAAAUAACUUUACAGGAACCAUACCUACAUCGUUUGGCAAUCUGACUAAUAUGGAAGAUUUUAGGAUAGAUGGGAGUACUUUAUCAGGGAGAAUACCUGAUUUUAUCGGAAACUGGACAAGACUUGAUAGACUUGAUUUGCAAGGAACAUCAAUGGAGGGACCAAUUCCUUCUACGAUAUCUCUGUUGAGAAAUUUGACUGAAUUGAGGAUAACUGAUUUAGCUGGAUCGUCGAGUAUGAGAUUUCCUAAUUUGCGAGACAUGACAGGAUUGGAAAGAUUGUCCCUGAGAAAUUGUUUGCUUACUGGCCCAAUACCAGACUACAUAGGACAGAUGAGUGACAUGAAGAACUUAGACCUGAGCUUCAACAGGCUGAACGGUCCAAUACCCAGUACAUUGCAGACAUUAAACUUUGACACCAUGUUUCUGAAUAACAACUCACUAUCCGGAGAGAUUCCUCAAUGGAUAUUUCUGAAAAUUACCAAUGUAAAGAUUGACUUGUCUUACAACAAUUUUACACGUAUAUUUUCAAAACAGAACUGUCAGUCAUCUAACUUGAAUUUAGUUUCAGCCAUGUCAUCUUCUGCCGCAAGCAACGGAGAUGCUUGGUGUUUGAAAGACGAACUUUUGUGCAGCAGAAACCCCAACCGUCAUUCUUUGUUUAUUAAUUGCGGUGGACCCAGAUCAGACUUUGAMGGAAAUGAGUAUGAAGAAGAUUUGACCAACCAGCAAUCUUWCUUCUAUUCUAGUCCCGAGAGAUGGGCUUAUAGCACGAAUGGGGUUUUCUUGGGCAACRAUGAUGCUCCAUUUGUUUCAAGAUCAGAAAAUGUGACAGGUGGAGAUGUAUAUARAACAGCUCGCUUUUCUCCCAMUUCACUCCGGUACUAUGGACUGUGUUUGCGGCAGGGAAGUUAUAAAGUGAGGCUCCACUUUGCUGAAAUUAGUUAUUCUGAUGACAUGACAUUUAGCAGUCUGGGAAGACGCUAUUUUGAUAUAUCUGUCCAAGGGGUUCUGASGAGAAAGGACUUCAACAUCAUGGAAGAAGCUAAUGGUGUUGGCAGGGGCAUCUCCAUARACGUCARURAUGUUAUGGUUAAUGGUAGCACCCUAGAGAUUCACUUGUACUGGGCAGGGAAAGGGACUACUGCAAUUCCAGAUCGGGGUGUAUAUGGACCUCUUAUAUCCGGUAUCACAAUAACACCAAACUUUGACGUCAGUACAGGAGGACUCGCUGCUGGAGCUAUAGCUGGAAUUGUGAUUGGUUGCUGUGCAGCUAUCGCGCUAAUUUUAUUUGUUCUUUGGAAGAAAGGUUAUCUAGGAGGCAAAGAAGAUAAAGAGCUUCGAGCACUUGAAUUACAGACUGGUUAUUUAAGCCUGCGACAAAUCAAAUCCGCUACUCAUAACUUUGAUUCUGCAAAUAAGAUCGGUGAAGGAGGCUUCGGACCAGUUUAUAAGGGUGUACUCUCGGAUGGUUCCGAGAUUGCUGUUAAGCAACUCUCCGCAAGAUCAAAACAGGGGAACCGUGAAUUUGUCACUGAGAUAGGCAUGAUAUCAGCUUUGCAUCAUCCAAACCUUGUUAAGCUUUAUGGCUGUUGCAUCGAAGGAAAGGAAUUGUUGCUGGUAUAUGAAUACCUUGAAAAUAACAGUCUCGCACGUGCUCUUUUUGGUCGUGAGGACCAGAAGCUUAAUUUGGACUKGCCUACAAGAAAGAAGAUAUGYAUGGGAAUAGCACGGGGCUUAGCCUAUCUCCACGAGGAAUCAAGGUUGAAAAUAGUUCAUAGAGACAUAAAGGCCACCAAUGUGCUUCUCGACAAGGAUCUUAAUGCUAAGAUAUCUGACUUUGGUCUAGCAAAACUGGAUGAAGAAGAGAAUACUCAUAUCAGCACACGGAUUGCUGGAACGAUAGGAUAUAUGGCUCCGGAAUAUGCAAUGAGAGGAUACUUGACAGAUAAAGCAGAUGUUUACAGCUUCGGAGUUGUUGCAUUAGAGAUUGUCAGCGGGAAAAGCAAUACAAAUUACAGGCCAAAGGAGGAGUUCGUAUAUCUUCUUGACUGGRCAUAUGUCCURGAAGAGCAAGGGAGUCUUUUGGAACUAGUGGACCCUGGUCUUGGUCCUAAAUACCCAAAAGAUGAGGCCAUGAGGAUGCUGAAUUUGGCUCUUCUAUGCACCAAUCCAUCUCCCACCCUUAGGCCACCCAUGUCAUCCGUUGUCAAAAUGCUCGAUGGUAAAAUCCCCGUUCAGCCACCCAUGGUCAAACGAGUGGCAGGAAACCCAGACAUGAGGUUCAAAGCGUUUGACAUGGUCUCACAAGACAGUCAGACACAAGUCUCCACCAUCUCGGCAGACAGUCUAGGACCGAGGAGCUUAUCGAACGAUGGUCCCUGGGCAGAUACGUCACUCUAUAAGGAUGAGACYGCGGAAAGUUCUUCUUCGGCGAAUAAGCUUCUUCCGGAUCUUUAUGACGUUGAUAUAUGAAUCCGUAAGUAAGGUUUAUUUCUUUAUUUAUAUAUGUAGAAAUCGUUGUGCUUUUAAGUUAUGUAGUUGUAGUCGUUUAUUGCAAAAUUUUGCUUCCAUUCGUCCCACAAAUGAUAUCUUUGUUGAUUUAUAGUAACAUUUAAAGUCUCAUUUUGUAUUUGUAAA